AUGGUUGGGGAAGAUAAAUAUAACAAUUGGGGUGCAUCAUCUGCAUUUAGUGCUAGGAAAGAAUUCUCAGAACCCCCAAAGAAAGAAUUUAAUUUGUUUGGUAAUUCUUCAGAUCAUAGAAAGAAACAGAAUUCACAUUUAAAUAAUAAUAAUAACAAUAAUACUAGUGAUUUGUUCUCAAAUCAAUAUACAACUAAUAUACCGCCACUAGAAACAAGAACAAGUACGCCAAAUUUUGAUUUAUUUUCAUCAACCCAUACUGGAUCGUUAAAUUCAUUUAAAUCAAAUGGAGCUUUUAAUUUACCUUUCAAUACAUCAAGUCAUUCAUCAAAAUUAUUUAAUAACAAACCACCUUCAACUAAGUUAGUAAUUGAUGACGAUGACAAAACCAAUCUUUUAGGAAAAACCCAUAAAGAAUCUAAAAUUUCACCAUUUGAUAUACCCAAUCCCAUCAUUAAUAAACAAAAAUCACCACCAAAACCAUCAAAACCUACUUCAAAAAUUGGUCAAUUAUUCAAUUUCUUCAGAAAAGAUGUAAACAAAGCCAAAAAUAAAAUAGAAUCAGCAUUUUCAUACACUACCCCCAAAACAUUAUCAAAUCCAUCAUAUAAAGCAAUAGAUGCAAGAAGAAUAGGGAGUAUGAGAAGAUUAAUACUCAAGACAAAACCUAUAAAAUAUCACUUAAUUGAUGUCAACAAAGUUUUAAAUGCAAGACAAAAAAUGGUUGUAGCGUCAGCUAUAUCUGCAACUAAAUUAAUUACUCAAGAUUCAAGUGAUGAUGAAAUGGAUGAAAUUGAAGAAGUUGAAUAUAAACCUUUUGCUAAAAGUGCUAAAUUUGAACAAAAAGAAGACGAAGAAGAAGAACAAAUACAGAAAGAGACUAAACCUAAGAAAAGUGAAUUGUAUAAAGGUUACUGGUCAACACCAGAAAUCGAUGUAUUAUCGGAAUUAGAAGAUGAACAAUUAAGGAGUAUAAAUAAUUUUAUAAUUGGAAGAGUUGGUCAUGGACAAAUUGCAUAUGAUUAUCCUAUUGAUUUAACAAGGGUCAAAGAGAAUUCAGAAUUAAAUGGUACCUCAAUUAUGGAAGAACUUUUUGACAAUACAAUAAGUAUAAACAAUCCUACAAUAUUAGCAUAUAAAGAUGAUAACAAUAAACCUGCAUUAGGAUUUGAAUUAAAUGUUCCAGCUACAAUUACAUUAGAAAAUAUCAAACCAGCAGAAGGCAAAUCAAUCGAUGAUCACAUUAAUUAUUUGAAACGUCAAAUUGGUAUGGAAUUUGUUAAAUUUGAUCCCUUAACUUCAGAUUGGACUUUUAAAGUAAAACAUUUUAGUGUUUGGGGAUUAGUUGAUGAAAAACAACAGGAUUUACUAAACCUAAAGAGGAAACAAGAUGCCAAUGAAACUGAUGCAUUAAUUGAAUAUUCAAAAGUUUAUGAAAAUGAAGAUUUAGAUCAAGAAUUGAAAAAACAAAGAUUAAAUGAAGAUUCAAAGAUAGUUCCUGGUGGUUGGGGAUUACUACACCCACAGAGAGAUGAUUUAUUGACUUUAAAACGUUCUUUGGUAUCUAAUGAAAUCAGUGGUAUUAUAAGUCAACAUAAAGAAAAUGAUUUAACUGGUCAAGUAAAUGGUAUAACAAUUGAUUCUGAUGUGGAAGAUGAUGAAGAAGAUUUUGAUAUUGCCGAUGUUGAUGAAGUCAAAAUUAAUGCUUAUGAACCAAUAAUAACUGAUGAAACUGCAUUUGAUGUUAUACGAAAUAAAUCAUCCUUCCCAACUACAAAUAAUUGGUUAUUACAAUUAGAAUUAGCAAAUCAAUAUAACUCAGCAAUGGCUCCAAUGGCAGCAUCACAAUCCAGAAUUGAAAAUUUAACUAUAGACAAAGUGGAUGAGAUCCUUUUUCCUAAUUUCAACAAAAAUCAAAAUAAAAGUGAGGUAGCGAUUGAAGUGGAUAACAAAAUUACAUCAUUUGAACUUUCAAAAGAUCACGACAUAACAUCAACAUUUAAGACUAUGCUUGACACUGCUAAUAUUACUAAAAGAAAAAAUCAAAUACCGAAAAUAACUCAACCAAAAGGUUUCAAGUUUUCAGACGUAACGAACUACUUCCCUCAAAAUUCAGCGAUUACAUUAGCUGAAAUAUUAUUUGAUUCACCAGACCAAGUCUCAAUAUCAAAAUUUGGCAAAUGGCUUCAAAAUUACAACAAAAGUACAGUUGAUCAAUUAUUAAAAGAAAAUGAAGAUGAUUUAUUACAAUGUGCAUUCAUUUGUUUAUGCGCUAAUGAUAUCAUGAAAGCAAUUGAUUAUGCAUUAAAAUCCAAAAGUCAACAUUUAUCAGUCAUACUUUCAUUAGCCAAUCUUCAAGAUGAAUUUGUACAACUACCUGCACAAGAUCAAUUACAAACAUGGGAAGAAUCGAGAAGUAUUGAAUAUAUUCCAAAACCUAUAAUAAAAAUUUAUCAACUUUUGGCGAAUCAAUUGGAAAAAUUAACGGAUAAUUUACCUUGGAAUAUUACAUUAGGUUUAAAUAUAUUUUUCGGGAAAAGCAAGGAUUCAUUAAAGUCAUUAAUAUCGAAAUUUGAAAAUAUUUUUCCAGAAAAUGAUGAUGUAUCCGAUAUUCUUAGAUUUUACGCAGCAGGAUUUGAUCACGAUAAACUUGCUAAUUCAAGUUUAAGCAAUUUAUCAAAAUGGAUUUUUGCAGUUGUAUUAGCUAACUUUAGUUUUGAUGAUAUUUCAGAGAAAUUAGGUUCGGAAUUAGAAUCAACUGGGUAUUGGAAAGAAACAAUCAUAGUAUACUCCUCAAUAUUAGACGAUACAAAAGCAGAAGAAUUAAUAAGAAAAGUAGUUAUCAACAAAAUCAAGCAAAUUAAAACUUUAUCAUCAUCAGAAGAAUCAUAUUUAUUAAAUACCUUACAAAUUCCAGAAUCAUUAAUAUAUGAAGCAAUUGCAUUAGAAAGACAACAAUCUGGUGAUUAUUGGGGAGAAAUCAAUGCUUUAAUAAAAGUAGGAUUUUGGGAAAAAGCUCAUGAUACAAUAGUCAAAGAAUUAGGACCAUCUAUAACUAUAACUAAUUCAAGUAUUGAUAUUUUAAAGUUAUUAAAUAUUUUGACGAAAUUCCCACAAAAUGGAUUAAUUAUACCUACUUGGAAUAAAGGUGCUGGUAUAUAUCAAAAUUAUUUUAAAUUACAAGAAAAUGAGAACGAUGUUGAGAUUAUAAAUUUUUUAAUUGAUAACUUAAUGUUAACUACUUUCAACAAUUCAGUAGAUCAAAAAUUUGCCUUAAAUAUAAUUUCAAAAUAUGUUGGUGAAUUAGCAUUAGAAAAUAGCAAAAUCAGUUCGAGUCAAAGAAAUAAGAUUCUUGAAUUGCCAUUAGAUAAAGUGAACAGGUCAUUUUUCAAACAGUUACUUACCAAUUUAGAUUAA